CAAGGCAGAGAUUAUUGGGAGAAUUUACGGAAUAUAUGGCUCAGGUACAUGAUGAUCAAGAAGAUCAGGCGGUGCAACCUCCCGUUUCAAACGGCGUGGUCAGCAACGGAGUGGACCGGCCGUACCGGCAGACGUUUUUGUACGUCGAAAAUCUUGACCAGAAGGUAUCCAACGCGCACCUCUACGACUUGUUUAUCUAUGUGGGUAUGCUGGAUUCGGUCUGGGUCGAGAGGGACUUGAGCUCCGGGAGCUCUCUCGGCUACGGUUACGUCAAAUACUGCCACAACCAAGACGAUUUCAUUUCAGUAGCAAGAUCAUGGGCGAGUGAGUCAAGAAUUGCUCCAAAAACAAUAUCAUCUACAUAAAUAUGAGCAAUGAGAA